ACGACGUUGUAUGUCAAAGUAAAGAUGGCGUUGAUCCAUGUUGUGUCAGGUGUUUAAAAAUUUCUUUAAAUUCUAUUAAAGUUUGACAUUGCACAUAAGUGUGACACUUUGAUCAGUUACUUAUUCCAUUCUCGGCUUUGUUAAAGAUCGUCAAUUGAAAAAAACGUGAAGGCGUCUGUCAAGAGUCACGUGUAAUACUGCCCGCUAGUGGCAUCUCGCACUUAACCUUAUCAUUAUUUCAGUAUUAUACGAUCUCGUAAAAAUUUCGAGAAAACGACAUUAAUGCUGUGUCUUUUAUCAGAGAGAGAAUCAAUAAUUUUCAUCGAUCAAUUUCGAGAGGAUACCAACGUUGAUCAUUUACACUGUAUAAUAUAAAAAAGAGAUAUAAACUGAAUUUGUGAAGUUGGAAUUCGAAUUAAAUAAUUUUAAUUAAAUAUUUCUAAGUUUUGUUUACUACGUUUUUUCUUGAGUCGCUAAAUAUAUUUAGUUGAAUGUUGGUGAAAUAUAAACCUGGCUGAAAUGCCUAAAAUAAGAACCAGACAAGCAAAUAGCCUCUGGUUAAGGCAACGCGAAUUAGGUAUAAAGUUCCCAUUGGGACAUGCCGACUGUUUUCAUAAAACUCUUUAUUCGUCUAUGAAACCAGUAACUUCUUGGGAUCAUGCAUUAUCUGCAGCCGCUGCGCAUGGUGGAGUUUUUAAUCUUGAAUAUUCUCCGGAUGGCUCUCUUCUAUUGGCAGCAUGUGAAAAAAAAAGUAUUUUAAUGUUUGAUCCCUUGAGAAGGAAUUUAAUCCAUACGAUUGAUAAUGCUCAUCAUGAUUGUGUUAAUUGUGUUAGAUUCUUGGAUCAACGUAUGUUUGCAACAUGUUCAGAUGACAGUACAGUAGCUCUUUGGGAUGCUAGAAACUUAAAGCAAAGAAUAAGGACGCUUCAAGGUCAUUCAAAUUGGGUGAAAAAUAUAGAGUACAGUCCCAAAGAUAGUUUAUUAUUGACCAGUGGUUUUGAUGGUAGCAUAUACACUUGGGACAUAAAUAGUUUUACAGAGAAUAGUAUUCUUUAUACACGUGUGUUCCAUACAAAUGGAUUGAUGCGCACUAGACUUAGUCCAGAUGCCAGUAAAAUGUUAAUAAGUACUACUUCUGGAUACCUCAUCAUUAUACAUAAUCUUAAGUUAAGCUCCUUAAGUCAAGACUUGGCAGGAUUUAGACCAAAUAUGUACCGGUUAAUGCAAUCGUCUCAAACUACGAUACCAAACGUGGCAAGUUUCACCCAUCUAUUUUCUCAUUCUCGUACUCAUAAUCGAGUAGAAUUUUUAACCGAUUUCCCUGUUGGCGAUGAUGCCGAGAUAAUAUCGAGUUUGCAGGUGCAUCCACAGGGAUGGUGUGCUUUAUCUAGGAACGUUAGUAACGGUGAAAAAUCCGAGUGGACCUGUAUUCACGAUAUACAAGAGCGUGAUGUAUCCAGUAUAGCGGAGCAGGCGAAAGAAGGAGAGGAAACGACUCCUCAGUUCAACGAAGUACCCGUAGAGGAGUUCGAGGAUUUUCAACAACCUCAGCCUUCUCGUUCGGGUAUAACUUCUUCCUUUUUAAUAGAAAGUCCAAAUAAUCGCGUUAGAGUAAUUCACACAACUUCAGAUUCAACAAGAUCGAACGCCGCCGGAUUGUCGGAUAACGCGCAGUCAGUGAGAACCUCGAGAAACUGGCAAGUGGCGUCACGUAGGGCGUCACGCUCGCAAUCGAGAAACUCGCGUUUAGAUAGAAAUGCGACGAGGACGAAUUUCGGGGCGAUCGAAGUUAGUUCGACUAGUUCAAGCUCGUCCGAUUCUCGAGUGAGCGCGGAUAGGGACGAUAGGCAAGCGGAUAGAUACAUAUAUGCAGCCGAUCUUUACGCGGCUGAUGAGAGCAUAUUGGAGGAGGGAUCCGGUGGGGAUCAGGAAAGGGAUUCGGGACAGGAUUACAGGCCACCAAGGCCAAAUUCUCAUCUUAAUUACUUAAGACCACGCAAUAUGAUCGACAAUUUUUCUACUGGCAACAUAGAGUUACACGUAAGUACAACAGACGUGUGGGAAGCGCACGUAGCGAUCAGGGAAGCUAGGCUUAGAAGGGAGAGGGAUUGGCUUUCUAGAUCGAGUAACAACACGGUAGUUAUAAUUGGCGACAGAAUUAGAGUUCAAAAUCGGAAUAGACAAGGCCAACAAACGAUGUACGCCAUCCCGAGAAAUCGUAUGAUUCAUCAAAAUACACCUAGAUUAACGCACUAUAUAGAGGAACCUAACGUGGGUUCCGGUUAUAUCAAAGAAUUAUGUUUCUCCGCCGAUGGCCGAUUAAUAUGUUCACCGUUCGGUUACGGGAUACGAUUAUUGGCAUUUUCUAAGGAUUGUUCGGAAUUAUCUAAUUGCGUUCCCCCCUACAACGAGUCUGUACAAUUGCACGAAUUAGUGACGAACGUUAGUCAUUCUGGCAUCGUGGUCAGUACAAAAUUUUCCCCAAGGCAUUGUUUGCUCGUGUCUGGUUGUCUCAGUGGAAAAAUUGUUUGGCAUCAACCCGUGGUUUAGUAAAUUGAUCAUUACUUUCCAAUUUGUAAAGUAAAAAGAAAUUUGCUUGCAAGGGAACUACUUCUUGACACGUUUACUUGCCAAUUUUUCUCCUUUUGUUUUCACCUUUUGUGUUUUUUUUUUUUUUUUUUUUUUUUUUUUAACGAAAUCAAUAGAUCACAUCUUUAAAACCUUUUUUUUCUUUUUCUAAGUAUAUAUAUAUAUACCUUUUGAUAAAUAUUAUUUUUUAGCUUGUCUUGUUUUAUAGAUAUGAUUCGUCACGAAUCCGAUGUUUUGUAUUAAGCUAGUUAUCUAUGUCGAAUAUCAUGUAUACCACGUCUCGAUUUUUUUUUAUUCAGAACACGAUUUGCGUGUUAAAACGUGAGUUAUUUUAUAUGUAAUUAUCUUUCAUUAGUGAUUUAAAAAACGGAAACAAUCAUGACGCUAUUUUAAGUACCGUUCGAUAUAGAAUGAAUUAUUUCAUCUUGUAUAUUUAGAAAAACUGAUUAUGGAGAAUAUAGUAUUUUUACUAACGAUAGAGGUAUUUUUUCCAAUGCAAAACAUUUCAAUACUUUUACGGCAGAGUACGACGUUUUCUAUCUACCCAUAUAUAGAGAGAGUGAAGUAGAAGCAAGAGAGUACAGAAAACAUUCCGCCAACUGAAAUGUAGCGCAUACGUACGUUCAUACGUAGAAAUAACGGCAUUGCCAUUUAAUUAAAUUGGGAUCAUGACACAUUUUAUUUCGACUGAUUACACAUUUCGUAUCUGUACUGCUUUGUUUCAAAAUCACGUUAUCAGAUUCUGCGAAAAUUCUUAGAAGAUCUCUAUACUUCUCUGCAAUAUAUUGUUUGCAAUGUAAUUCAUCAGCUAGGAACAAAGGAACAAAAGAAAAAGGAGUAUAAUACCUAAUGGAAUGAAAUUAUGCAAGAAAAAUCAACCUCGCUGAGAAUACGUAUCAUUGGCGUUAUUUGUUAGUAUUAAAUUUCGUAGCUGCGUGACUAGUAAUAAGUACUCGAAAUUUUAAGUAAUCAUGAGCCGAUUGUUCAAGCGUAUUGAAAACUCGCGUUAUGGAUCGCAGAGGAGCGAGGUCUUCUCGCUCCCCUCCACCAUCAUUAUCGAAGCGAGAUGCACGCCAUUCGCGUGAUCCUUUAAUCCUAAAAUAGAAAAGUAUUAUAUGAAUUUCCAACUCGAGUAAACUAAAGAAACGACGUUGCUCAUAGGCUCAAUCCAAGGCACGAACAUAUACGAUCGAUAUUCGUAUAUUUAAUCGAGUCAAGUCUCUUCGAUCACGAGCGUAUAUCCUCGGAAGGAUCGUUAGAAUUGCUAGGACACGAGUAACGCUUUUAUCGUACUCAAAGUUCCGUUUUACACUCGUUAAUAUAUCGUUAAGUAGGGAAGAAAUCGUGUAACAUAUGUAAAUACAUUGUCAACUUAGAUAUGUAAUGAUAAUAUAUAAAUGUAAUAACUGAUAAAAUGUUCAGGCUCGUAUGCGCCGCAUAUAUAACUUUUUAAGACAAGAGUGAAUCAAGUUUAUGCUUGGAACAAGCAGUCUGUGCAUUGAAAAAGAAAAAAAAAAAAGGAAAAAAGAAAGGAAAAAGG